AUGGGAUCUAUGCAGGUGGUGCCUGUGAUCUUGCCUGCAGAUGAGCCUACAGCUGAGAUGGAGCCAGUGCUCUGCUACGAGACCAGAAACAGAUCAUGUCUGAGGACCAUCUAUCCUUUGCCCAUACGAAUCACUGUCUACACAAUUCUAGGAGUCACUGUCAUUCUAACAGUGUGUGGAAACCUUUUGGUCACCGUUUCAAUUGCCUAUUUUAAGCAGCUCCAUACUCCAACCAAUUACUUGAUUGCGUCUCUGGCUAUGUCCGACUUUCUUUUAGGGCUUUUAGUCAUGUUCCCCAGUAUGGUUCAAAGUGUAGAGACCUGCUGGUAUUUUGGUGACAUCUUCUACCGCCACUAUGCUGUUUGCCAACCUCUACAAUACAGAAGAAAAAUGUCUGUUAAUGUUGUGUUGAUCAUGAUUCUGCUCAGUUGGAGUAUUUCAGCUCUCAUUGGCUUUGGAAUGAUUUUUCUCAAGAUAAAUCUUUGGGGGAUUGAGGAAUUCUACUAUAACCACAUUGUGUGUGAAGGGGAAUGUGUUUUGUUUCAGAGUGGUCUGUCAAGUACAGUCACAUCAGUACUUUCCUUUUAUAUUCCAGGAAUAAUAAUGCUUGGCAUUUACCUUAAGAUUUUCUUCGUGGCACGGAGACAGUUGCGCAGCAUACAGAACUCAAGCUGUAUGAGGGCAGAAAGAAUAUCAAAUACAAGCCAGACAAAAGCCACUACAACACUUGCUAUCAUAAUGGGGGCAUUUCUUUCUUUUUGGACUCCUUUUUUUGUCUGUAACAUAAUUGAUCCGUUUAUCAGUUACUCAACACCACCAGCAUUGUUUAAAACACUUGUAUGGGUGGGCUACUUGAAUUCUACUGUGAAUCCUUUAAUAUAUGCAUUCUUUUAUAGUUGGUUCAGGAAGGCACUUCGAUUAUUUACUUCUGCAGGGUCUGACAGUCUGCCACAAGCAGCCCUGGUUUGGGGUCUCCUGUGUUUCCCUAUAUUUCAGCGGGUCCAGCAACACAGCCUGAGACAAAGCUCUGCUCUUGGCUGGAGUGGUGCCGCCGAGCUCUCCACCUUACGCUGGAGCACCGACUGCAUGUUGAAGAUGUCAUCGAAGCCCGAUCUGGGUCUGCCUGGUCUGGUGGCCCUGCUGGAGUAUGAGCUGAAGGAGUUUCUAGUCAACCAGCAUGAUUUCUUCUGA